GAGUCAAGGCAAGUGGAGUUUCACAGGCAGGUUCUGUCCCUCUCUUCUGCAAGGAUGACUUCGGACUGCUCCCCUACACCUUGCGCUGGAGCUCCCGGUCAUGAACCUGCUUCAACCUGUUCCACGGAAACCACUUGCAUCUCCAGUGCCUGCGCUGCCUCCAGGUGCCAGACCCCCAGCUUCCUGGGCAGGUCUCGCCUGCUGCCCGGUUGCCUCGCACCAUGCUACCUUGCCGGGAGCUGUAACAGCCCGUGCUCGGUGGGGGCCUGUGCCUGGUGUGAGGAUGGGGUGUUCACGAGCAAUGAGAAGGAGACCAUGCAGUUCCUGAAUGACAGACUCGCCAGCUACCUGGACAAGGUGCGCAGCCUGGAGCAGACCAACGCAGAGCUGGAGGGCAGGAUCCGAGAGCAACGUGAGCAGGAGACCCCACUGGCGUGCCUUGACUACCAGUGUUACUUCAACACCAUCGAAGACCUCCAACAAAAGAUCUUGUGCACCAAGGCAGAGAACUCCAGACUUGCUGUACAGCUUGACAACUACAAACUGGCUACCGAUGACUUUAGGUCAAAGUACGAGAGUGAGCUGUCCCUUCGCCAGCUGUUAGAGGCUGACAUCAGCAGCCUGCGCGGAAUCCUGGACGACCUGACUCUGUGCAAAUCCGAUCUGGAGGCCCAUGUGGAGUCUCUGCAGGAAGAUCUCCUUUGCCUUAAGAAAAACCAUGAAGAGGAGGUCAACUCACUUCGUGGACAGCUUGGUGACCGACUUAGCGUAGAGCUGGACACUGCCCCCACCAUCGACCUCAACAGGGCCCUGGAUGAGAUGCGGUGUCAGUACGAAACAGUGCUCACCAACAACCGCAGGGACGCUGAAGCAUGGUUUGCUGUUCAGAUAGAAGAGCUGAACCGGCAGCAGCUGUCCAGCGCCGAGCAGCUGCAGGGCUGCCAGACGGAGGUCUUAGAACUGAAACGCACAGCCAGCGCUCUGGAAAUCGAGCUCCAGGCCCAGCAAAGCCUGUCAGAAUCUCUGGAAUGCACGGUGGCAGAAACCAAGGCCCAGUACAGCUCCCAGCUGGCCCAGAUCCAGUGCCUGAUUGACAAUGUGGAGAACCAACUGGCCGAGAUCCGCUGUGACCUGGAGCUGCAGAACCAGGAGUACCAGGUGCUGCUGGACGUCAAGGCCCGGCUGGAGGGUGAGAUCAACACAUACCGGGGGCUGCUGGAAAGCGAGGACAGCAGGCUUCCCUGUAACCCGUGUUCUACAACAUGCACAUCAAGCCACAUGUGUGAGCCACACUCAGCCUAUGUAAUUUGCACGGUGGAAAAUUGCUGUUCGUGA